AUGGCUCAGCCUUCAGAUGAGGCGGCGGCUCCGCCAGCUGCAUUGCCAACAACCGGCCCUGAGGCGCCGUCUCCACCGGCACCUCCGUCUGCAGCGGCACAGCCGUCUCCAUCAGCACCACGGGCACCACCGUCACCACAUCCGGCACCGGUCGAGGAUCUCGAUGAGAAUCUCGACGACCUCGUCCUCGCUGAUCCGCCGCCCCUUGACCCCGUCUGGCUCCAACACGAGCUGGACCAGAACCUGCCCAAUCCCCGUCCCGUCAUCUCGCCUCUCGAACGCCAGCCCUUGUAUGCUGUCGAGUGCCGUGAGCUCACCGCACGCAUGACGGCGCCGGGCGCCCGUGACAGCCAUCUGGCUGACGGUAUUCGUGUCCAGCCGUUGACGGUGACGUCCUCCCUCGACGGCAGCGAGAUUCCUCUGCUGGCCUACUCUCUCCAACAAGAGGGAGACCAACAAAUGGAAGACCAACAAAUGGAAGACCAACAAAUGGAAGACGAAAAAUUGGAAGACGAACAAAUGGAAGACCAAAAAUUGGAAGACGAACAAAUGGAAGACCAACCAGAGGGAGACUCGAAGGGCACGACCACAGACACGACCACAGACACGACCACAGACACGACCACAGACACCACCGCACACACCACCGCACACAGCGACAGCCCCGACUAUGCCGUGCUGUACAUUCACGGCGGCGGACUGCACAUUGGCGAGGCCGACAGCGAGGAGCUCUCGUGCCGGCGCAUUCUCAAGGAUGCACGCCUGCCGGCUGUGAACCAAGACGGGGCGGCCCCAAAGACACCCAAGACACCAACCCUCGUCGUGUACUCCGUCGGCUACCGCAUCAUGCCCCAGCACCCGGCCAGCACGUGUGUCGCCGACUGCAUCGACGCCUACCGCCACGUCCGUGCGGCCCACCCGGACGCGGCGGCGACAAAGCUGCUGGUCGUCGGCAGCUCCAGCGGCGGCGAGCUGGCCGCGUUUGUGGCCCAAGAGGCGGCCAAGGCCAGCAUGCAGGCGUCGGCCACGACCAACCGCGCGACCAGCGACAUUGCCGGCGUCGUCCUCCGCUGCCCCGUCACCAGCGACGCCUUCAACGGCGAGGACUACAUCCCGCCCGUCCUCCGCCCGCUGCACACCUCCGCCGCCAACCCGGCCUUUGCCACCACCCUGCUCCGCCGCAUGAGCCGCCGCAUCCCCCGCGACGACCUGCCCUACAUGCCCCUCGAGGCCCCCACCGAGCUCUUGGCCGCCCAGCCGCGCCACUGGAUCCAGGUCUGCACCAACGACAUGCUCUACUCGGACGGCGUGUGCUACGCCAAGGCGCUGCAGAUGGCCGGCGCGGCGGGUGUCAAGGUGGACGUGGUCGUCGGCUGGCCGCACACCUUUUGGCUCAAGACGCCGUGGAUGGACCGCGCCCUCGAGGCCGACAAGGCCAUGCUGCGCGGUCUGGCCUGGGUGGCAGGCGGGCCGUACACUGUGGGGGAGGAGAUUGGUUGGAAGCCAAUGGGCUCGCGAUAA